AUCUCAUGAUACAGGACAGCGAACCGACUGGAACACAUCCAUCAAAGCUGGAUCCCAGAUGGUUGCAUAAUGCCUCUGUCCAAUUUAGCAUCAAGCACUGCAUCAUGCAUCUGAUUGCACAGCCACUAGCCCACUAGUCCACUGCCUUUGCCUCUACAGAGGAUAUGCCAUGGCCCAGCAAAAUCUGAUCUGAAUCUGGCUGCCCCCCCUUUAUAGCCACCAUUGCACACACCCUGUCCCCUGUCAACUGCUAGUACGUCUCAUAUCUCUAUGCCUAUAUAAUAAGGAGCCAAGACACCAUCACUUCAUCAACAAACUCACAAACCAAGCAUUUCUGAGCAACAUACCUCAGAACCAAGAACACCCAACCAUGACCAUGAUCCACCCCAGGAAGCUUGCUCAGUUGAUGAGGAAGUGGCAAAGGGUCAAGAAUCCCUCCACCGAUGACGAAGCAUGCAGCACGACGCCGACGCCGGUUGCAGAUAAAGGCCACUGUGCCAUGUACACGGCCGAUGGGAGGCGGUUCGAGGUCCCAUUGGUGUACCUCAGCACGACAGUCUUCGGCGAGCUGCUAAGGAUGUCUCAAGAGGAGUUUGGGUUCACAUGCGACGGCAGGAUCACGCUGCCCUUCAAUGCAGCAGUGAUGGAGUAUGUCAUGUGCUUGCUUAGAAGAAAUGCUUCAGAGGAAGUAGAGAGGGCAUUCCUGAGCUCUGUAGUGAUGCCUUGCCAAUAUCCAAGCCGUAUUGUGACACAUGUAGCGCUACAGCAGCAGCUUGCAGUUUGUAGCUCCUGAAUAUAGUCAGAGUUUUUCCUUAAUUGUUCCCCAUUUUGCGUCUGA